ACUGCUUUAAAGUUAUUUUAAAGUGAGCAUGAAGAAAAUGGAAGACUCCAGCCACACAAUGACAAAGAAGGCAAAUAGUGGGCAUGAUGCUCCUGCACUGAGUGAUGAGAAAGAGGGAAAAAAAGUAAAGGUCCAGACUCGGGAGACUUGGUCUCGAAAGAUUGAGUUCAUGUUGGCAGGAAUUGGUUAUUCCGUGGGAUUGGGCAAUGUUUGGAGAUUUCCUUUCCUGUGCUAUAGAAGUGGAGGAGGAGCAUUUCUGAUUCCUUUCUUUAUUAUGCUUGUGCUGCUCGGUAUCCCACUUCUCUACAUGGAAAUAGCAAUUGGACAGUAUUUUAAAGUUGGGCCAGUUAAAGCUUUAGCCAAGAUUUGCCCACUGCUCAAAGGUGUUGGGAUUGCAUCAGUGGCCAUUUCCUUCAUUUUGUGCACAUAUUACAACCUCAUUAUAAGCUGGUCUCUUUAUUACUUAAUCAACUCUUUUCGGAACCCGCUGCCCUGGCACAGUUGCAACAAUACCUGGAACCAUCCGGAAACCUGCACAGGUAGCCACAGCGUCAGCAACACCACAGAAUCAGCCAGCCAGCAAUUCUUUGAUUACCAGGUUCUUCAGAAGACAAGUGGUCUGGAUAACCUUGGAAAUAUGCGCUGGGAGCUCUUUGGUCUCCUUGCCCUCGCCUGGGUUAUUGUUUACUUCUGCAUAUUUAAAGGGGUUACCUGGACUGGAAAGAUUGUGUACUUUACUGCGCUCUUUCCUUAUGCAGUACUGUUGGCCUUGCUGGUUAACAAUACACAACUCCCAGGGGCUCCGGAUGGAAUCAAUUACUUUGCUAAUCCGAAGUGGGAGAAACUUCAGGAAGUCCAGGUCUGGGUUUACGCUGCAGUCCAAGUCUUCAAUUCCCUGGGUAUUGGUUUUGGCUCAUUGAUUUCCAUGGCGAGUUACAACAAGUUCAACAACAAAAUACUUAAUGACACAUUAGCCAUCUCACUGACGAACACAGCUACAAGUAUACUUUCUGGAUUUGUUAUCUUCUCUGCUUUUGGAUACUUGUCCCAAAUGGUUAACGUUCCAAUCCAUGAAAUCGCUGUGGAUGGCCCUGGAUUAGUGUUUGUGAUUUACCCUGAAACUUUCAUUACAAUGCCUGUCUCUCCAUUGUGGGCGAUACUGUUCUUUAUUAUGCUGCUGUUUUUGGGACUUGACAGUCAGUUCGCCAUGGUUGAGGUGAUGGUGACAAGCCUCAUGGACACGCACGACAAAUACCUAUUAAAAUACCUGAAGCGGAAGGAGUUCGUGGUUCUGGCUGUCUGUGCGGUGGCCUUCCUCUUAGGAGUUCCAAAUGUGACCCAGGGUGGGAUUUACGUUUUCCAGCUCUUGGACCAUUACACCGCCCAAGUAUCCAUCGUUUUCCUCACCUUCUGUGAGGUGCUCGCAGUUUGUUGGCUUUAUGGAGUCUCUCGGUUGUCACAGAACAUCACAGAGAUGCUGGGAAAACCACCAAACAUUUACAUCCGUGUGUGCUGGCUUGUGCUGUCUCCCAUACUGGUACUGAUCCUCGCUGUGUGCGUUGUCCUUGAAUUUGAGCCUGCACGUUACGGCACCUACAUCUACCCGGGGUGGGCCCAGGGCCUCGGCUGGUUUGUUGCCCUCGCUUCGCUGGUUUGGAUUCCGAUUGGCGCUCUCCACACAAUGCUCACAUCCAAAGGCUCCUUCUGCCAGAGGUUAAGUAAAUCAAUCGUUCCUGUGGCUCUCACCCGCGAGUUGAAACCGACCGACGCCGCUGUCACUGAGACUGCCUUUGCGGUUUCAACGGGGGAAAUGUCGCCACCGCCGCAAGUCGACGUAUUAAAGAGCACGCUUGUUUAACUCCGGGGUUACUUCGGAAGCACUGCUGGUCCGAUUUGGAUCGGGUUCAGAUUCAGGCUAAUUUAUUUAUUACUCGCCCACCGGAACGCAUCAUUCGUAUUAAGAACCAGCUUCGAGAUCCAGGUUGCCGGUCUGGAGUCAGGUCCGACUAGACUCAGCGUCUAGACGUCUCGGCUGUUGUUACGAAAGUUCAUACGUUCAAUAAAGUAAAAUGUUGUAAUUUCA